AUGACUACUAAUUACGUUCCCAAAGUUAAAGUUGUUACCGAAAGAACUCAAUACAUAGAGUCUUCUUUAUUAACAAAAUAUACGUACCAUAACGCUUUUGUCAAAGAAAAUAAUGGGGAGUAUGUUGUGAGACCAACUCAGGAGGAUUAUCAGUUCAAAGUAGAUUUACGGGUUCCAAAAAUAGGUGUAAUGCUUGUUGGAUUAGGUGGUAACAAUGGUUCGACAUUAAUCUCUGCAAUCCUUGCUAAUCGGGAAAAGCUCGUUUUCAACACUAAGAGAGGCCCGAUAUCAGCAAACUACUAUGGCUCAGUUACUCAAAGUGCCACCAUUAAACUUGGCAUCGACAAUAAUGGGAAUGAUAUCUAUGCUCCAUUUAAUGCGCUACUUCCAAUGGUGAAUCCCGACGACUUAAUCGUGUCUGGAUGGGAUAUCAAUAAAGCAGACAUGAAAGAAGCGGUUAGAAGAUCCCACGUUCUCGAAUAUGACUUACAAAAAAAGUUAUAUGCUAAACUUGAAUCUAUUAAACCUCUUCCCUCUAUUUAUUAUCCAGAUUUCAUUGCCGCAAACCAAGAGCACAGAGCCAACAAUUGUAUUAACAGAAUCAAUUUGGACGGUGAAAUUUCUACCCGAGAAAAGUGGAAACAUGUUGACCAUAUCAGGAGAGAUAUUCGGGAGUUCAAAGAGAAAAAUAAAUUGGAAGAGGUUAUCGUAUUGUGGACAGCAAAUACCGAAAGAUACUCUUCCAUUAUUCCAGGAGUAAAUGAUACAGCUGAUAAUCUUUUGAAGGCAAUAAAGGAAGACGAGGAAGAAGUCUCCCCAAGCACAAUUUUUGCUGUUGCGUCUAUCCUAGAGAAAGCUCCAUACAUUAAUGGUUCCCCACAGAAUACAUUUGUUCCGGGUGUUAUUGAACUCGCAGAGAAAUCGCAAUCAUUUAUUGGCGGCGAUGAUCUUAAAACCGGACAGACUAAAUUCAAGUCUGUUCUAGCUGCAUUUUUGGUGGAUGCAGGUAUCAGACCCGUGUCAAUUGCUUCGUACAAUCAUUUAGGAAACAACGACGGCUACAAUCUAUCAUCGGCGAAGCAAUUUAGGUCCAAGGAAAUAUCUAAAUCAUCGGUCGUUGAUGAUGCCAUCGAUUCUAAUAAGUAUUUGUACAACAAGGACGUUGGUUCAAAAAUUGACCAUUGCAUUGUCAUAAAGUAUAUCCCGGCUGUGGGUGAUGAUAAAGUUGCAAUGGAUGAAUAUUACUCUGAACUAAUGUUAGGAGGCCAUAAUAAGGUCUCCAUUCAUAAUGUUUGCGAGGACUCCCUUUUGGCUGCACCGAUCAUUCUUGACCUAUUGAUUAUGACUGAAUUCUUGUCAAGGGUUACCUACAAGAAAGAGGGAGCGGAAAAUUACGAGCACCUCAAUAAUGUUCUGGGCUUUUUGAGUUAUUGGCUUAAAGCCCCAUUAACUAGAAAAGGUUUCAAAGCAGUCAACAGUUUGAAUAAACAACGCUUGGGGAUUGACAAUCUUUUGAGACUACUAAUUGGCUUAGAACCUUUGAAUGAACUUAGGUUUGAGGAGAGACUAAACUAA